UAACUAUUGAAGGUUAACUUCCUGUUCAACUUACUUCCUUGUUACAUACAGCGAAGAUUUGACUGAGCGCCCGUCUCUCCUUUUUAUUCGACAAAAUGAAGGGUAAAAUGUGUUUAUUUCUAACCCUGAUGAUAUCACUCUGUCUUGGAAGAAGCCUAGGUUGCCGUCAAAAAAUCAUAUCAUGCAAAGAGCUAAAGUCUGCGGAUGGCUUCAGUUACUUACAUGAGUGUUCAGAUGCAAAUCAAAUAUUUGUGGACCAAAACGAGACAAAGAUUGCUCAAUAUAUGUCUGGACGUCAUAAGUAUUUGCAUCCACGGAUGAAUCUUAACAAGACUUCAUUCUUCACUGAGAAUUGUACAGACCUGCGAAUAAAGUGCACAGUCCCUUCUGGACGGCAUGUAGAAGAUGUCUGCUUGUCGUAUAUAAUACGUGAGAACCUACCAACUCCUGUUACCAACGAUUCAUCAGAGAACGUACCGCCAAGUGUUUCCAAAGAUUUAAAAUUAGUCCUCAUUAUUGGGGUAGCAGCGCUCUUCUUGGGGAUCAUAUGGCUUUGUUGGCGCUAUAAAUCUUGCCUAAAAAAGACCCUGUGGGCUCAGAUGGAUGGCAACCACCGCGCUGUCUUCAAGUUGAUGCAGCCUGUGAUUGGUCAACGUGCAGCUGAUCAAAAUGGGAGAAAUAGCAUGCUUGAGAGCGUGCAAGUUCAAAGUACUGAUCCUCAAGCUGAUGGAGAGACUCCUCAAACUCAAAGUCUGGACAACAUCUACAACAAUGGAACCCAGCCGUCCAAAGUUGGAGGCAUAGAUGUCCCUGAUGGAGCCUCUAAACUGCGAUCCAUGCACAGGAACCUGAGAGAUGACCCAGGAGGAGUGACUGACGGCAAAGAGAAAGACAUUGAUGAGAACAGGGACAUGCAGAAUGGACGGCCUCUCGUUGAUCGUGGUCCUAAAGAAGAUGAGAAUGAGAGAAAGCCACUGAUGCCAAGUCAGGGAGAUUCCAUCGCACGCUCUGACAUGACAGGUGAAGCUGCAGCUCUGGUGGACAAGAGCUGCCCCAACCCCGACCAGGAUGUUGACGUGAAGUCAGCAUCCAACAUGAAGAAAUCUGGUGUUCAUAAGUACUGAUUUAUAAUAAUAAUAAUAAUGAACACCUUCAGUAUACAUAAAGUGUUCUCACAGUCAGGGUAUGUGGUUACUUUACUGACAGUCCUUUGGGAUAUGUAACAAUAACUAUGUUGACCACAAGCUGUCCUUACAAAGUUACAUUUUUAAAGACCCUUUAAUCAUGACUUUAUGAUUACAACAUAUUUUAUUCAUUAUGAUGACACCCUGUGGUGUCUUUGUGUUGUGUCCAGAAUAUUCACUGAUACAUGAUCAGUCACACAGGCUGUCUGUUGACUGUGGUCUUCACAGUGAAUAUGAUUUAUUAUAUUUGGCCAAACUUUUUCAUUACCUGGACAAAACAAACAAACAAACAAACAAGUGCAUGGGAUGUUUGUCAUUGAGAUUAUGAAGGGCACAGCUCUACCAAAGGAUGGGUGAACCAGUCAGUAAAGAUACCACAUACACAACUGUGAGGCUUAAUAUUAGUAUAAGGAAUGUUUGGUUAGAAAAUCAAAUGUUCCAUAUUAUAUAAUACCUGUUAUAUAUAUAAUACAGGUAGUAUGACAGGGGCGGCUGUGGCUCAGUGGUAGGUUGGGGGUUUGACCCCCAGCUUCUACGGCCACAUGUCGAUGUGUCCUUGGGCAAGACACUUAACCCCAAAUUGCCCCCGCUGCUGCGUCAGUGGCAUGUCUAUCAGAUUGAAUGGAUUAGUGAACUUUACAUAGCAGCCUCUGCCGUCUCUGCCGAAGCGCUAUACAAGCUCAUGGCCAUUUAUCAAUAUAUGCAUUUAAAUGAAUCACAAAAUGUAAUGCAUUUUUGUUUUAUUGGAGUUUUAAACAUGUACCUUUAUGUGAUCCUCAUUAUUUUAGUAAGCGUGCCUUUACCCUAUUAUUUCCUGCUUAAUCUAGCAUCAUGUUUAUUCCUAUCUCCUGAUUCAUACUCUCUUUUUGUAACCUACAUUAUAUCUUGUGUUAAAGAAAUCAUAUUUUGAUCAUGUGUUUUCUUUUGUUGUUGUAUUGCAUUUACUUUUAGAUUGGCAAAUUUGAUGAUCAUAACAUUUUCUGUAUGUUUGUAAGGAACUAUUGUUAUAUUUCCCACAAUUUCCCAGUUUGGGAUCAAUAAAGUAAUUCUAUUCUAUUCUAUUCUAUUUACAUGGAGUUGGAAAUAAAUUGUUCAUUCCACCCUA